GUAAAUGUACAUAAUAAAGCACGAAGAGUAUUCUUUUUUAGAAAUGUGUAAACGACGCUCCUUAAUGCGAUGUGCAUCAUCGAAGGGGAAUCGUAAAAUGACUGCAUCGAUUCGUUGAUUACACAACAUCGACUACCGAUCAACGCAUCAUUCUAUUGUAUUACGCGCUGAACAGCAUUACGUGUUUUCAUCAGCAUCGCACGUAGGUCGCAUUCGGAUUAUUUCGGUUCAGUUCGGGUAUACUCGACACCUCGUACGCUAAGUCAGAUAUAAUCGAUACCUUGGAGUCAGAGCCCAGUUUAGUUGUCAUCAACGUUCCGUCGUGUUGUUUUUCUUGCGUUUAAGUGCGUCAUGAGAGUGCGUACGCGUGUAUCGUCAUUCGCGUAAGGGAUCGAUCCGUGUGUUUGCCGUUUUAUCGUAUUAUUAUUGAAUAAGAUGCGCCUUGAAAAUGUUGCAAGAAGAAGCACUGUUCAACAGCGCAUCCCCUCAGAAAGGCGAUGAAAUUCAAAAACUUAAUUUUAUACAAACAUUACCAAACCUCUUGGCCACAGACACAGAAUCAUGUAUGACUCGUGUGAUACCAAAAGUACAGCAGUCAUUGUCUACCGCAUCCACAGAAUUCCACAUAGCAGCUUCAUCUACAUUUAAAACAAUAUUAGAGCAGAGACUUGUCAGCUACAAUGUCUUCAGUCGUACAUUCCUCCAAAGUAUAUUAAAUUCGCUUGAAAAGCGUGAUCCAGUUAUCUGUCAUGCAUGGCUGGAGACCUUACUGGAUGUGAUAGAGUUACUGCCGGUAGAAAUCAUAAGAAAGCAGAUUCUUCCAUUGACUAUAAGCAAAGGACAAUUGUCACAACCUGUCCACUCCAGGAUAAAAUGCAGCACAAUAUUAGGAAAGAUUUGUACAAGAUUUGAUUCUGCUCUGAUACAGAAGGAAGUUCUACCAAUGGUACACUCCCUCUGUCAGGAUGUAAAUAGUGAAGUACGAGCUAGUAUCUGCUUGCAGCUACGUUUUGUUGCCGAAGGCCUUGGUGCUGAGUCUGUAAAACCUGCUUUGCUACCAUCUCUCGUAGAAUUAGCAAAUGACGAAGAAAUCAAUGUAAGAUGCGCCUCUGUACAGAUAAUAGCGCAUUUGCUACCUCAUCUUCAGGAAGAUUCGAUCAAAACUAUCAUAGUACCGCUUAUUAAAAAAUUAUGCGAAAAUUCGAUGCGGUCAGACGAUAACGUGAUAUGUGUUAUUGCUCAGGAGUAUGGAAAAAUCGUACUCGGCGUGGAAAAGUGCCUAUCAUCUAUGGAGAAAACAUGGUUUUUAAAGUACUUUCAACAGCUUGCGCAAAUGGGUAUUCUGACGAGUAAAAAAGAAUCUAAACCAAAUCUUCCAUUUAAUAGUAAUCCUGCUGAAGAUGAGAAAUAUGUGGAAUGCAGAAGGUGUUGUGCUUUUAAUUUACCUGCAAUGUUUAUGUUUGUAUCAAAUUCUUCAGAUGACACGAACGCGUUGCUUCAUACGUUUACCGCAUUAGCAAGUGAUCACUAUUACUUGGUUAGAAGAACUGUAGCAUGUGGAGUUCACGAAGUGGCUAAGGUAUUGGGUUCACGUUGCGGAGAAAUAACAUUAGACGUAAUAAAAUUGUUAAAAGAUAAUUCUGAAGAAGUUUUGCAAGGUUUAGUUCCUAAUCUAGGAGUAACGCUUGAUUGUUUAGCCGAGUGUCAAGUUAUCGGGAUAGACAGGGCGGGAAACACUGUUAUGGAAAUAGGUAGAGCAUUAUUAAAGUGUGAAUCGGGAAUAGCGGCCACACACAAUUGGAGAUUAGCAGUAUUAAUGUAUUCACAACUUGAAAUACUACCUAAAUACUUUUCAAGUGAUUUUAUCUAUUCAUAUUUCGUGCCAAUGGCUUUUUUUAGAAUAUUACAUGCCAGGCCAAUACCCGUACGUCUCGCUGCAGGAACUCUGUUCCUUUUUCUUUUACGUUACAAUACGAAAUCUAUGCAAAAGGUAGAACUUCGAAUUAAACUAUACAGCCAAGUGGCUAAUAACCCCGAUUGUUACGUGAGAAUGAUGUUCGUUCGCAUGAUGGUAGAGGCCAUGGAAAUUUUCUCUUCUGUAUAUUUCAAGGAACACUUUUAUACUGUUUUAUUGAACUUGGCAGAAGAUUCUGUACCUAAUAUAAGAUUGAAAGUAGUUUCUUUGUUGCCUCAAUUAAAGAGUCAGCUACGGAUGCCGACCGAUAAGAAAUUGUUAACCGCAUUAGAGACGACUAUAAGACAUUUAAGGAACAGUGAAAAGGAUAGAGACGUGCUUACUACGUUAGCCGAAACUUUACAAAAAUUGGAAGAAAUAGAAAUUAAAUUCGAUACUCAACAUCUAGCUAGUACACUAUCGAAGCAAGAUGCUGAAGAUGCUAGGAAGUUAGAAGAAGAGAAAAGAUUAUCCGGUAUGACAUCUGGAAAAUCUCCACCACCAAGGGGAGCUACAACGAAGAGAGGUAGUUGGCGUCGGACAACUAAUGAUACUCCAGGGAGAUCAAUAUCACAGUCAUCGCAAGAUCGCGUAGCGUCUCCUCGUCAAUCGGCCGAUUCAGGGAAAGGGAGAAUUCAACUAGCACACCCUUGGGAAAGAAUAGGGCAUACCAACUCAAACAUUAGCACAACCGAUACUAACUUUGACAAUGGAUCGUGCAGUGAUUAUGUUACGCAAAAGGCGCAGCAAAGCCGAUCGAAAUUAGCAUUGCCGUUUAUACUCUGGCCGGAAACGUGCGAAUGCGACUACGCGGAAGACUACGCUUUCCAUUCUUGUCCCUCGUCCGAUUAUGCAAAAUCUGUCUUCUUGGCGAUCAUGAGAGAGAACAGGCGGAGGUCGCAGCAAAAUUUCCUACUAACCCGAAAUUAUGCACGCGAGUUUCCUACUAACAUAGCCAGCAAGGACACUGCCACUCUGAGAACCUUUCCAGCUCAUUAUAACCCUUGUUGGCCUUGUAGCUCGAUGCCCGAGAUACCUGUUAUGCUGUCGGACGACGAGUUCCUCGUGGAUGCUGGUAUCAGAAUACCAGCGCAAUUCUCUCAGAGUGUAUCUAAGAUACCUCAUCUUCAAGACUCCGUGUUUGGCAAAAGGAGGACCUCCUUCAACGUGAAUCGUGCCGGUGGACGAACGACCGGUAUGAGCUUCGACAAAGGCAAGCCGAAGAGAAAUUCAUCCGUAGAAUACGAGGAUUGUAUCAAGCGAAAAACGAACGGUGCCGAUCAGGCAAACAAUGUUAGGACUUCCAUUGAUUGCGAGGAUGGCUUGAGUAUGGUAAAGCAAUCUGCUCAACAAUUAGACAAGAAGAACCCAGCGUAUCUUGGGCCAAUGAUGAGGUCGAGGUUUGGUUUUGGCGUUAAUCAUGAGAGACCUAUAGAUGAUAAGAUGAAACGAAGGAACUCGUUGAUACUAGACAAGGAGAAGCCUAAAGUCGUGCAAUCGAAGUGCAUGCUAGACAGGACUAAACGUCACUCCGCGAACUUUAGUUUAAAGCUACUGGACUCGAAAGAGACCAAGCCUAAUCUGAAAGAGCAGCAUAGCAUGGAGGUGACCGAUUACGCGUCCACAGAACGUCUACGCCGUGCGCUAAGACGGUACUCGACGUUAGAUGUGAAUCAUAAUCAGGGACACAGUAAGAUACCAUUAAGAAGUUUUGUACGACGUAGUAGAACCGCGCCUGCCACUAGGGCUUCCAGCCCUGUAAGCUCGCAAUUAAGGUACGAGGAGAUCGAUAAACUGUGCCGAAAAUUCCAAGAGUACCAACUCUAUUAAAAUACGGUUGCGGUGAAUGCAUUUAAUGCGUCUCGAUUCGACGAAGUUGAAAACAUCGAUCAAUCUCUUGCAUGUCCUGGUUCCGAUAUGACAUUUAAUCUGUUCCAAGCAUAUUACGUCACAGUCAGGGAUAGAAUAUAUCUUUCGUGGGACAGUUUUACUCGUUUCCUUUGUUAACAGUCUCGUUUCGAAAUCGUUCGGGCAAUAUUUUAAUUGAAGAUUCGUAGAGAUUUUCAAACGUGCCUGCGAUUAAUCGCAAAUUUCUUAACAUUUUCCUCGAUGAAAGGCAGCCAGGCAUUUUAGACGCUUUUCGCUUUUUAUAGCGUAUUUUCUUAAUCGUAUACAAUUGGCAAAAAAAGAUAUACGCGUGUUAGGGUAUUCUAGGAGGAAGACAGGGAUCGGUAAUAACGAAUGAGACUGAGAACACUUCAAACAUUAUAAGUGGAGGACGUUCCACGAAAUUUAGUUUGAUCGCAUUUCUUUCAACGAUAUCCUGUAAUUAGUCCCACGUUGAAGAUAAAACGUAUCUUCGGAUAAAUUUGCUGUUCGAUUGAAGAUGCACCGCAAUUUUAACGUUUAAAGUUGGAAGACUGUUUUUAUUAGACGUAUUGAAUUCCGUAAGGGUAAAAAGAAUAAGACUAUAUUUUGCACUUUAUUUUAUAGCUGCAUAACUAAUACGUAAUUGGUCUACUAUUUAUCAAAGUUCACUCACCGAUCGAAUAUAUUCUAAUAGAUGAUUAUAUUUAGGAGAAACACAGGAGAUAACAAAUGAUAGGGUUAAAUUCAUCUUAAUAGCCAAUUUUAGGUCUAGUCCCAAGUAGUUGUAAAUCAUCUGCAAAAGGCGUUCGUUUUCUUCUUUAUUUUACAAUUUCUGUAUUCCGCUUUGUCAGCCGAACUGUUUAUUCCCUCCUCUAAUUUUUUCUUUUAUUUAACAACUUCAGUCUUUAGCUAGGAAACAUGUUUUUUAAAUAACUUUUUAAACGUAGGCGUAGUAUACGAAAAACCAGCCUAGCGGUACUAAGCAUUUUAAUUAAACUGUUUCUGAUUAAAGAAACGUUAGCCAUUAUUAAUACACUAGCUAUCGUGAUUUUCGAUCGAUUUACGAGCAUCGACGUUAACCGAUUACUUUUUAUUCAAUGAAAAAAAAAAAAAAAUUAAGAACCAGUGAAUUUACGCGAGAAGCGAAGUAAUUUUUGGAGCGCAACUUUAGGGAUACUCGAUUCCCCGACACACUUCCUCUAACGAAACGUUGAACGAUCAACUCUUAUCCCUGGAACACUGUUGUGUCUUAAAUUCAAAAAUAUCUACGAAAAUAUCAUACAGUCUUAGAGAGAAAAAAGAAAAUUAAUACGUAUUAAACAUUGUACAUAAGGACUGACCAAAAAAAAAAAGACAAUUUAGCGAACGUUUGUACAGCUAGUAUCGAUGAGAAAGCUGCAAAAUUGAUCGUCUUAACGUUGUCAGAAAAAAAAUAUAUAUGUAAAGAGAGAGGAAAUGUAUAAUAUCUUCGCAGAAUAUUUUCAUUGAGCUUCUAAAUAGAUGUAUUUUAGGGUGAAGGGAAAGAAAGAAGGAUAUACAAGACGCUUCAAAGCCAAAGAUGAAUUCUAACGAUAUAUACGAACAACGUACAAAUCCUUUAAAGGCAUUAUGUACUUGUAUCAUGUACAUAUACAUUGCGUAAGCUUUACACAGUGCAAGUGCCAUUGAACGUACGCGCCUGGGAGAUUUCAACGCUUGGAAAAGAAAGAAAAGACACGAGAAAGCUCUUUGAACGCCCCCAAAAAUACAUAUACACUUAUCAAGAUAUUUUCACGAUAUGUGAUAUAGUAGUCUUAACACUUUGACGGUCUUUACAUAUUACAACUCUUCUAAUUUUACGUUUCAUCUCAUAUCUAAAAUGGAAUCUCUCGUAUAAUAAUUUCCGUGUAUCGCAAAAUUUCCAUUUUUCAAGUCUUCAAUAUUUAAUAUUGGCCGUCAAAGUAUUAAUAACACAGGGUGACAUUAAUAAUAAAUUGUCAAACUUUGACCACUUAUUUUUAUGUCAUUCUGUAUUGUUUAAGAAUCGAGUAGUCGUUUCGUUUUCAAUCUUUUUUCAUCUUUUAUCUUCCACUUUCUCUGGUCAUCUUUACGAGCAAGACAGCUCGUACACGAUUCUCGUUUCUUUUUAAUAGAAGGUUUUGAAAGAUCGCUAGUCAAUCCAGUUUUUCAAAAGGAGAAACAGAAUUAUUAUUACUUUUUUUUUCUCGUGCUGAACACCAAGAAUAGAACACACACUUUUACGCUUAGAGAACUUUUAGAUGGAACGCAACUUUUACCGAUCGAUUGUUGCCGCGUUAUACGAUAUUAAUUAUUUUGUUAUAACAUAUAAGAUCGUACGGCUAACGACUUAUACACGUAAUAUAGCGAAGCUUGUUGUAUUAUUUUUAUAGGAAACUUUAGGGUAACAUCAAUCGUUCGAUUUCGCGAAUCUGAUAUUAUAGACUGGCACAUUUUUUGAAAGAAUGUGAACUAAAUCGAGUUAGAAAAAGUAAACGAUAAUAGACAAUAAGAGAAUCUACAAGCAUCCCUUUUCUUUUUAAUUUUAGGUUUACUUUCUCUAUCUCAAAAACUGUCUUUAUCUUAAAACCAAGUUUUUAGCGUAAUAUGUUUAAUAAUAAAAAAUAAUUCUUAUAAGUUGAACUUAGAGAAAGAAGACGAGGUUUCGCGAAAUCGUACGGUUGUUCGUUCACCAGGCGACGAAACUUCUUUUUUAUAGGAAAUCUUAGAAUAUAUUAUACAUAUACAUAUUACAUAGUUAUAUACAUACGUAUGUUAAGUAUACAUGAUUUAACGAGAUUGAACAAAUUAUUAAAUAUGCAAACUAGGAACGUCCGUAAAACGAGUUCGAUGCGCGGUCCGAGAAAAAGCAAACGAAAAUAAAAAUGGAAAGAAAGAACAAAGAAAAAUUUCCGAAAACGAAGAACGAGCACGCGCGUUUAGCGAGGAUUAGGAAAAAAACACGAGGAAAGUAAAGUUUCUGGGAUAUAUCUCGCCAAGAACAAUAACCGCUUAAAUGCUGCUCCUUAUUUUUGUACAGGAUCUUACCGUGUGUGUGUAAAUUAUUCACUUCUGUGCCAGAAAGUAAACGUGUUGCAAAGAAUCGACGUAGACGCGUUACGGAUCUGUCACAUAAUUGUUGAACAUUACUCGUUUCUUCGUACACGAAGAAGAAGGGACGGGCAGUUUUAUCGCUGACACUGUUAUAUUUAUCUAAUUAUAUAAAUACGUAUAUUACGUACUAAAUAAUAAAAAAAAAGAAUGAUAGAUUUUUCCUUUAUCCUCGAUCGUUGCUCGUCGAUCAAUUAUUUUAAAUACGUUGGCCAUAAAUGAAAACGAAUAAGAGAGAAUCCAUAUAUUAGUAUGUUAGAAAUCUGUGGCCUGUAUUUUUUCGAGGAGGAGUAAUCUGUGAUGAACAAACAAACAAAAGAGAUACAUAUUUAAACACAAGAACAAAUAAGAGAGAUACACGUUCGUGUUGCACGUGAUGAACGAUUAAAUUCGUCGAACGAUAUUUUUAUUACUCUUAACCGUUCCCAUAUGGAAUAAGGAAUGUUAUAAAACAAAGAGAAAGAGAGAGAAAAGAUGAGAGAGAAGUGUAUUUUUCUGAGGUAUAUCUGUAAAAUGAACAAACGAUCUAGUUAAAUGUGAAGAGAAUAAAGAAACAUCACGAUCUUA